AUGUCAUACAAAGCAGCCACUAACAUACUUUCCAUGGAUGUGGUCCAACUUUCACAUUACGUAAGAAAAAGGUUCCACGCAUCCCUUUUGGGCACAGAAGAUAUAGAUGAGACCAGAGAUUUAGCGUUCCAGGUACUGGCACUCAAAGGCGAAUUACAGAAACAUCGGAGAGAGCAUCUAAAGAUAUUCUACAACCUGGUACAGGCCACUCAUCUUGGAUUCUUUGGCAACAGAGCAUCCCGCAAUCUUUACAUAGGAUUCCCUUAUUUACAUCGCCAUUACAGUGAAAACUAUGCUGCAUUUGCCGCAAAGACGCCAUCUCAUACAGAAGGAUUGGGUGAUCAGCUAUUGCUUGAUGCUGGGAACUUUCUAUCGCAGGACUUUUACGCAGGAGCGGCCGCACACCUAGGGGCAUUAUCAAACGAUGAUGUAUGCACGUUUCUGAGUAACGCACAUCAAUUCGAUGUCGACGUGCGACUGAACAAGUUGUACAUUAAGAUACUGGUUGAACUAUUGUGCAAAAAUGCACUUUCUGAAGAAAUUAAGUCCGGUAUUAAGAGUGCAUUAACUACGGCAGUAAAGCGAUGGACUGUGGAAGCUAGUGACUGCCUUAAUGUCGAACAUCUAAUCGACCUGUUUGCACUCAAUGCCUCUCUAGGAGUUGAGUACCCAGAGCUCGUGUCAAUUGUAACUAAGUUUUUCGGUCAAAAAAGCCUGUCCAUACCAGUUAGAGCGAAACUGCUGCUACUAUUUGGACUUAGUUCACACGUUGCUGUCUGGGGGAUGGAAACCCACUCUUCGAGAGCCAUCGACCGACUUAUAACUACAAUCUCGGAAUCUUACCGAGUGUUUGACCUGAAGGAUUCAUUGUUGCUCGUACAUUCGCUGGCAAAUAUGCUCUACCGUGAGCGUCUGUUAGACCAAACAAUUGCAGAUAAUAUUAUCCCCCGCAUUGCCAAAAUCAGAGUCGAAGACAUGAUACAACUACUGGAGUCUUUUGUAAAGAUUGAUUUUCGCUGCUCGAAAGUAAUCAGCGAGUUCCAAAAAUCGAGAACCUUCAGCUCCCUCACGAUGGUUGACGAAGAUGUCAUGGCUCUGCUCUGUGAAAAGCUGAACUUGCACAACGAGAGCUUGUUUGAGAGGGUGAUUAAUGCUUCACAAUAG